UAAGUUCCAAAACAAAAGAUAUCGCGAUAAGUGCUAUAAACAAAUUCUAUUUUACGAUUUAUGAAUUAUUUUCACAGUCAAAAGUGCUAAAAUACAAUCAUCUACAAUCAUUUACUUGUGAUUUUACCCAUAGAUGCAAUAACCAAUUAGUUUUCAUAUAAAUAAUUAUAGACAAAAAGGUGAUGAAAAAGUAAAUGACCAGGAUCAUGACUUAAUUAUACCUGCAAUCCAAUAAAGAAUCACAUUUUGAACAGUGCAAAGCAUUCACAUUUAUUUCAUAAGACCUUCUCAAAUACAAAACAUAGUUGACGCGCUGCUGAACGUUUCUUUUGAUUUUAUAGCAGACUCCAUUUUGCAAUACACUGACGUUCGAGUGGGUAUUCAACUGCGUGCUAAAUGUCCGUACGCUCCCAUCAAAUCCAGGCGCUCUUUGCACGCCGACGAGAAAUUGAGCACGAUCGUAUUGAGCGCACAGCUGCCGUUAAUCGUUACUAUGACCAUUGGGGCAAGGUGACAACACGUUUCGAGAACUGGACCAAACCAGAGUACUACAAAAAUGCGGAAGAGCAGCUGAAGCAGCGUCGCGAAAAGCGUGAAAAGGAGAUGCAGCAGUUUGAGCGCCGUGAACGGCUGCGUGAGCUCUUCGAUAAAGAGAAGAUUAUGUACGAAAGAGAAAUACUUGAGCGGAGCAGGCCGCGUUCGCGCAAAAUUGCUGCCACCACCGAACAGCUGGAGAAGAUUGAACAGAAUGCUAAGGAACGUGAGAAUAUCAAGCGGAAAUUGGAUUUAGAGGCUAAAUUAUAUGGACGUUGGCGACAUGGUGUCGACGAUGACAAUGUCUUGUUCGAAUCGAAAUCUAGCAAUGAGACGCUGGCCAAGCUUAAUUGGUUGGACAAGAAAAUCGAAGAGCAAUAUGAACGUGAACGGGAAGACGCACAGUCAGUGGAACGUAACUUACGACUGCAGGAGGAGAUCAGCCGUACGGAGCAGGUGCAACGAGAACGUCAACUAAUACGCGAAAAGGAGAUAAAAGAAAUACGUGAACUGCAGGAGAAGCAUAUGGAUGAGCUGAAGCUGCGACAGGCCGAGGCAGACGGUUUGAAAGAGGCGGAAAAGCAUUUACGUACAUGCCUGAGUGACGUGGAUAAGGAACUGGAAUUAUUAGAGGAGAGUUGUUCGCUGAUCAUGGAGUCCGCAGAUGUAUCGCAAGCUUACAAUUUGAAAAAAAUCAAGAUUUUCAUACGCAAACGGUCCGAGUCGUUCUGCAACCAAAUUAAGCUCUGCAUAAGUAUACUGGACCGCUUGAGUGCCUACACUACAUGUACCGAUAUCGUAAACCGGUUAUUGAACAAAUACAGAGGACAUCUUGAGGCUGAAACAUUUAAUCUCUCACAAGUUGAGGCAAUGUACGAAUCAGAGGCCAAGUACAAUAUGCAGCGGCUCGAGUCCUCAUGGCAACAACAACAUCUCGAGCGUUACCACGAACUAAAGCAACUGCUAACAGAAGAGCGUUGUACAUUUGCUACGCGUAUUAAUGAGAAUCUUCAACGUCAAACCGAUGCUUAUGAAGUGCGCUCCACACAUCUUACAGCGCUUGAGAAUUCCAAUGAAAAGCUAAAGCAAUUAAUAGCCGAAGAGCAGCAAUCGCCGCGCAGUGCCCUGCCUGUAGCUAAUAGUAGUGACACUGCCACACCAUUCCCUGGUACAGCAUACGCUGGAGAUGCCGGAGAUCAGGCCUCGGUGGCUGAUGAUAACGUAAGCAUUGCACAGCUAAUGCCUAGUGGCACACCCAGUGCACCUACGUCCGGCACACAUUUCGGACGACGCAGACCUAUGUCCUCUGAGCUGCCUAAAGUGACCAACUCGUUUACGAAUUUGAAUUUGGACGUUUGGAAAGACUUGCCAGCUGCACGUCACGGCAUCGAUUCGCCGCGCUUGUUAACCCAGCGAUCGCCGAGCAUUGUCACUUCGGAAUCAGCUUCGCGACCGAAAUUCGCGCGUAAGCGCAUAGCUUGGACAUAAUUUAAAUUUCUUCUUCUAUUUGCUAGCCCAUUUUUACUAGACUUUUUAUAACGAAUUUCGAAAAAGAGGAGUUGAAAAUAUUUUUAUAAA